AUGGCGGACCACGUCGCCACAUGUAUAGAUGCUCAUUGCCAUUUAGUCGAUCCACAGUUUUUACACGAUAUAAAUGAUGUCAUAGACAGAGCAGAAAAGGUUGGUGUUGCUGCAGCCUUGUGUGUGGCAAUUAUUCCUUCAGAUUUUGAAAAGAUCAUCUCUCUAAGUGAAAGGUUUCCUCAGUUUGUGGUACCUUGUCUUGGAGUCCAUCCUGUUCAGGAUGAGGAUAAUCUUACAAGCAGGAGUGUCACCAAUGAGGAUUUGGAACAAGCAAUUCCUCUGAUUGAGAAAUACUCUGAUAGAAUCGCAGCCAUUGGAGAGGUUUAUAAAAUUUAUAUUUUUGUUGUCGGUACCUGCCCACAUCGGGAUCAUCAUCCUUGUUCUCUGGUCCCUUUUCAUGGAAGUAGAAGUGCCAAAAGUGUGCUGCUUCAUGCCUUUGAUGGUCGACCAGCCGUUGCAAUGGAAGGUGUCAAGGAAGGUUAUUAUUUUUCUAUUCCUCCUUCAAUUGUGAGAAGUGAACAGAAGCAGAAACUUGUAAGGCAACUCCCAUUGGAAAAUUUGAUCCUUGAGUCUGACUCCCCUGCCCUGGGGCCUGAAAAACAGGGGAGAAAUGAACCAGCCAACAUUGGAAUAUCUGCAGAAUAUAUUGCGAAAAUUAAAGGUGUUGAUACUUCAGAAAUGACGAUGGCAGUAGAAGAUUCAAAGUUUUUUAUUCAUGAAGGACCACGCAAAGAUGUCACCUACCCAUAUAAAGUUCUUUAUUGUGGAGAAAAAUGGACACAGAUUGAUGAAGACAGCAUUGAAGAUUUGGGUUUUAAAAAAAAAUUUUUCCUCAAACUUGAUGGCCCCCCUUUAUUUUCUUUUUCCACAACCUCCUUGCCCAUCAUUUUUCAGUUGAAAUUUUUUUUUUUCUUGAUAAUAGCAUUUUUCAUUUUUUUAUUUUCUUUUUUUCCUCUUUUUUCUUCUUUUUUCCUUUCUUCUUUUUUUCUCUUUUUCUUUCUUUUUCUUCUUUUUUUCCUUUUUCUUUUCUUCCUCUUCUUUUUUCCUCUCUUCUUUUUUCUUCCUCUUUUUCUUUUUUUCAACAUUUCUUUUCUUCUUUUUUUCCUCUCUUCUUUUCUUCCUCUUUCUUCUUUUCUUCCUUCUUCUUUUUCUUCCUUUUUUUUUCUUUUCUUCCUCUCUUCUUUUCUUCCUCUCUUCUUUUUUUCCUUUUCUUUUUUUUCUCUCCUUUUUUUCUUCUUUUUUUCUUCUCUUCUUUUCUUCCUCUCUUCUUUUCUUCCUUCUUCUUUUCUUCCUUUCUUUUUUUUUCCUCUUUUCUUUUCUUCUUUUCUUUUCUUCCUCUCUUUUUCUUCCUCUUUUCUUUUCUUCCUCUCUUUUUUUUCUUUCUCUUCUUUUUUUCCUCUCUUCUUUUCUUCCUCUUUCUUUUUUUUUCUUUCUUUUCUUCCUCUCUUCUUUUCUUCCUCUCUUCUUUUCUUCCUCUCUUCUUUUCUUCCUCUCUUCUUUUCUUCCUCUCUUCUUUUCUUCCUCUCUUCUUUUCUUCCUCUCUUCUUUUCUUCCUCUCUUCUUUUCUUCCUCUCUUCUUUUUCUUCCUCUCUUCUUUUUCUUCCUCUCUUCUUUUCUUCCUCUCUUUUCUUUUCUUCCUCUUCUUCUUUUCUUCCUCUCUUCUUUUCUUCCUCUCUUCCUUUCUUCUUUUCUUUUCCUCUCUUCUUUUCUUCCUCUCUUCUUUUCUUCCUCUCUUCUUUUCUUCCUCUCUUCUUUUCUUCCUCUCUUCUUUUCUUCCUCUCUUCUUUUCUUCCUCUCUUCUCAAUAGAAUCAUAUAAAUAA